AUGACGGCCGAUACCGCAAUCCCGCUCGAGAAGGCGCGCCACAUCAAGUACUGGCAGCGCUGUCACAAGACCUUCCUCCCGCACCAGUACACUUCCUCCGACAGCACGCGCAUCGCCCUGAGCUUCUUCAUCCUCGCCGCCCUCGACAUCCUCUCCCCGCCCGAGCCGUCGAAAGAGGAACCGCAUCUCCUCACGCCCACCGAUCGAGCGGCCGCGCGCAAUUUCGUCCUGGGGCUCUACCACCCUGGUGGCGGGUUCUGUGGCUCCCCGAACCACGCCCUGCCGGCCGAGCUAUACGAGGACUGGGACUUCGGAAAGGGCAAGCCUCGGACAAGGAACUCGAGCUCGGCAAACUUGGCAUCGACAUACUUUGCUCUAUUGAUCUUGGCCAUCGUCGCAGACGGGCCGGAAACGGCGGAGAAUGCCUUCGCAGGCGUGGAUAGGGCUGCAACGUUGCGGUGGUUGAAGCGAUUGCAGCGGCCGGACGGGAGCUUUGGAGAGCUCGUCCUGGAUGACGGAAGCAUAGAGGGUGGAAAUGAUAUGAGAUUAUGCUUUUUGGCUGCCACCAUACGGUGGGCACUGAGAGGCGACGUGAAAGAAGGGGACGCGGAUUGGGUCGAGGAUAUCGACGUCGAUGCGCUGGUCAGACACAUUCGCCAGGGCCAAACAUACGAUGGUGGACUCGCACAGAGCUCCCAUCAGAAUGAAUCCCACGCCGGCUACGCAUGGUGCGCGGUAAGCGCCCUAGUUCUGCUCGAUCGACCGCCGCAGCAGGGCGCGAAGCACCACGUCAGCGAAACACUCAAGCAGGGCGUCCCUGACGUGUCGCUUCUAAUCAGAUUCCUCGUCUAUCGUCAGUUCGAGUAUCUCGAAAAGGAUGACGACUCAGACGACCCUGACACUGCCAACUUUGCCCUGCCCGAGUCACUGGCCGGGCUCUCGCUGGACCCCAAUCUGCGUUUUGUAGGUUUCAACGGGAGAUGUAACAAGGUGGCGGAUACGUGCUACUGUUGGUGGGUUGGCGGGACAUUACAGAUGCUGGACUGUGCCGGUCUCAUCGAUGCCGGACCGUCUCGCCGUUUCAUCAUGAGCAAGACGCAACAUCUCAUCGGCGGUUUCUCCAAAUAUCCCGGUGGCCCGCCGGAUAUCUAUCACGGCUUCUUGGGCCUGGCUGCACUUGCCAUCAUGGGCGAUCCAGCCCUCAAGCCAUUUGACGCAUCCGUGUGUGCGACACAGGAGACUGUCGAUAAAGUUGUGGCCGCGCGGGAGGGGCUUAGAGAUGCGGCCAAGGCGCGACGGCGGUGA